UUACUGCUAUACCGUCCAUCUAAACUAUUACUUAACCUAACUUUGCUGCAACAUAUCUACUAAAAAACAUCGAGCUUUCAUCUAAAGAUGCCUUGCAUGAUCUGCUGCGUCAGGGAAAAGACGAUAUUGUAUUUUUCUUUCAUCUAGCGUCAGGUUGGGCGUGUUUGGGAUUGAAGAAUAACUGGGGGGUUGUAGCUUAGCCUGUGAGAAGCUAAAAUGAGUCUGGGAACCCCAGACUGCACACCAAAGUGCCGUUCUCUGGAGCAUGCAGAGGAGGUCAUCGCUGCUUUGACUAGUGGCUCGGAGGGCCGUCUGCGGACCUACCUGUCUGCACAUUGUCACAACGCUGCUACUCUGCGGGAUUCAUAUGGACGCACGGCUCUCCACCUCGCAGCUUCCCUGGGUAAGCGUGACUUGCUUCAGUGGCUCCUGGACAGCAAGCACGCCGACCUGUUGGUGAAGGACAGAGAGUCGGGGUGGACCGCCCUGCAUCGCAGCGCCUUCUAUGGGCAGAUUCACUGCCUCAUGACCCUCAUCAAGCAUGGAGGGCAGCUGUCCAUCCAGGACAAAGAAGGGCUUUCUGUUUUAGAUCUUACCAUGAAAGACCGCCCAACUCAUGUUGUUUUCCGAAACACCGAUCCUACUGAGGUGUACACUUGGGGAAGCAACACAAAUUUCAGUCUUGGACAUGGAAACCAGGAAAGUAGGCAUCAUCCUGAGAUUGUCGACUUGUUUUCCAGGUCUGGUGUUUAUGUGAAACAGGUGGUGUUGUGCAAGUUCCACUCUGUCUUCCUGUCCCAGACGGGUCAGAUCUACACAUGUGGACAUGGACAGGGGGGGCGACUGGGGCAUGGUGAUGAACAGACUUAUCUGGUUCCACGGAUAGUAGAUGGCCUGCUGUCUCAUCAGUGCUCUCAGAUUGCUGCGGCCCGAGAUCACACAGUGGUUCUGACAGAGGAAGGGUACGUCUACACGUUUGGGCUCAACACCCAUCAUCAGCUUGGUCUCUCAACUCCACUUGCCUCCAGCCAAAUACCCAAACAGGUGUCAUCUAAGGCUCUAAAAGGCAGAAUAGUGAUUGGUGUUGCAGCUGGCAGGUUCCACACGGUUCUUUGGACUCGAGAUGCAUUGUAUACCAUAGGAUUAAAUGGUGGCCAGCUAGGUUACCUGCUGGAGCCCAAUGGUGAGAAGUGUGUGACCGCCCCCCGGCAGGUGUCCGCUCUGCACCACAAGUAUGUGAACAUCGCUAUGGCCGCAGCCAGUAAUGGUGCCACCGUGUGCGUGACAGAAAAGGGAGAUGUGUACCUGCUGGUGGAUUAUCAGUGCAAGAAACUGGCCUCCAAACAGCUGAAUCUGAAAAAGGUUCUUGUGACUGGUGGUAGUUUGGACCAUCGUGUUGACCCUCAGGUCCUGCAUGAUGGUGGAGGAGAGAAGCUGGUGAUUUUGGGCCUAGAUGAAGCUGGAAGGGUGUUUUGCUGGCGUUCUACGGGCAUGGCAGCAAAGCAGUGUCGCUGGGCAUAUGGGCGACAAGUCUUCAUGUCAGACAUCGCCCUAAGUAAAACCAGCAUGAUGUUUGUCACUCAAGAUGGGGAAGGCUUCAGUGGAGAGUGGCUGGGCCAAUACAAGAAAGCUGGGGAUAAGAAAGAUGGUUUGGAGGUGUCUAGUCACUCAGAAAGCGGGGCUGUUUAUGAACGGAUUCGUCUGGAGAAGCUCCAUUACGUCCACAGAGCUGUCUCCAUCACCAUGGAUUCUAAGGGACGGAAUUUUGGGCUCCUGCAGGCUGAUCCCAAAACAAGCCUGUUCGAAGUGCCUAGUGUCUCCCGGUCCAUGUUCUCCCAGGACUUCCAGCAUCUCCUGGCUGAAGCCGAUGAGACUGACAGUAUCCAUGAUGUGACGCUGCAGGCUGGAGAACGCACUUUCCCAGCACACAAAUACAUCCUCUCCUUGAGAUCCGACUUCUUCCAAAGAGCCUUCCUGCCGGAGGGCUGUAAAGAAUAUUCUGGAGAUGGUGAGGUGAAGAAAGGAGAAGAUGCAGUGGGCUGUGACCUGCUGGUGAUGGAGAAGGUUCCACCUGAAAUCUUGGAGCAUGCGCUGUACUUCAUCUACACAGACUCCUGUGAAAUGCUAGUGCAUGGUGCUAGGCCCAGCAUCCCUCGCUCCGAUCAGAGCACCGACCCUGAACCCCAGCCUCAUCUAAUCCAUAGUUUGCAAGCAUUAGGGCUGGAGAAGCGCUCUGCUCUGGACGUCUGCUGUUCCAUUACUGCUAAGGCCUGUGAGGAAGCAGAUAAGCCUAAAAGCAGGAAAGCAAAGUCUGGAAAAAAGGGCAAGAAUGGUGUGGAAGUUGGACAAAACCCUGUCAAGAUGCUGCAGGUUGUUGCCAAAAAACUGGGCUUGUGGAGUCUCUCAGCACGGCUUGAUGGAGUCAAAUAUGAAAAUGGGCAGAUCAUUUUGGUGCAGAAGGCGGCAGGCAACAAGCCAAGAUUCAACUGGAAGAAGAGCUCCUACCUCUGUAACGUCACGCUGAGGUCUGAGGAUGGGAAAGAGUUUCCUUGUCACAAAUGUGUUCUCUGUGCUCGGCUGGAGUACUUUAACAGUAUGCUGGGCAAUCCCUGGAUAGAGGCCACCAGCUGCACUGCACUAGACAUGCAAAUCCCCUCCGAGAUCCUACAGGUUAUUCUGGAGUACAUCUACACUGAUGAGUCCACAACUGUCAAAGAGUCUUUAAGUGUGGAGUUUGUCUGUAAUGUCCUUGUGGUGGCUGAUCAGUUGUUGAUCACUAGACUAAAGGAGAUCUGUGAGGUCACCAUUACUGAGAACUUGACACUGAAAAAUGCAUCUGAAUUGCUGGAGUUUGCCACAGUGUACAAUGCCCAGCAGCUCAAACUGUCCUGCCUGCAGUUCAUUGUCCUUAACAUGGCAGCACUACUGGAAUCCAAAGCUUUGGAGAUUUUGAGCGAUUAUGUUUUGCUUGGGCUGACCGCAGCUUACAGGAAAAUGAUCCCAGCUAUGCAGAGACGUGUCAUCACACCAUACUCCAACGCCCCCGAUCUCAGCACCUUUGAGGACAGAGAGUGGGACUCAGCUGUGGACUGUAAAAGCGGCUCUAAUAUGGAUCACUCCAGUGAUAAUCUGCUGAAGAAGGCCAAAAUGAGGGCAAAGAGGAAACCACGGCGACGCUCUGACAGUACCGGUGGAUACAACUUGUCUGAUGUUAUACAGAGCUCACCUGUUGAUGUCACCCAGAGCCCGCCUAUUCCAGGUUUGAGAUAUUCAGUGAAGGCAAGUUCAGUGGAGUCUCUGCAGGAGCUCAUCACAUCUGACUCAGAGGGCAGUUAUAUGGGAGUUGGUAGCCCUAGAGACCUGCAGUCCCCCAUCUUCCUGGAUAGACCUGACACACAGGAUAAUCGACAUGGACCAAUAGGAUUAAAAUCACCGCCUGGGAUUCCUGUUUUGGAAAAUGGCCAAAUGCCUCAAGUUUCCACCCCUGAAUCCCUCCAUACGGUCAUAGCAAGACCAGCUCCGAUACUAGACCUAAGGGCCAUCAUGGAGAUGGAAGCCAAUUCAUUAAAUCGAGGCGCCACACCCAAAAGUCCUGGCUCAUUGGGUGGCAGCAGUAAACUCCCAGUCACCUCCAGUAAGCUGUCUCAGAAGCAGAGAAAGAUGAUGGCUUUGGCCUCCAGAGAAGGCAGCACAGAGAACAUCUCUCCUAAAUCGCCCCCAUCUGUUACCCCAGUCAAACCUGUGAAGACCUGGUCGACAGCAGUACAGUCUUUUUCCUCUUCCUUUUCCUUCCGGGAUCUUUUGGUCGAUGAGGAGCGGCGUGGUAAACCCUCUUCAGUUUCCCAAGUGGCUGCUGCUGGACCUACCAUCUGUGCCAAAAGAGUGACUUUUAAAUGUGCAGAGACUAGCGACCAAGAGAAAUCAUCAGGUCCUUGGGUACUGCCGGCGUUGGGCAGCCCCUCCUCCAUCUCUACGGUCACAUUCACCACUAUUGUGGAGGAGGAGAGAAAACAGGAAGCCGCACUUAUUCGAAGCCGUGAGAAACCUCUAGCGCUCAUUCAGAUUGAAGAGCGAGCAAUUCAAGACCUGUUACUCCAUUACCAUGCCUCCAAUAAUCCGGAGGAGCUGAUAGUGGUGGAGAGAUCACCCCAAGGUCCAAUUGCCACUCCCACCUGGAACAAACACUGAUGCCAACACACCCCUGACAUCACGCUCCGUUUAAAGCCAUUUUACGGUGUAAUGCAAGCCAAGUCCUGUUUUUCCUCGCCUAUUUCUGUAGUAUGCAAGCUCAUUUUCAUUUACUGCUUCCUGAUGUAAUUCUGUCUGCAUUUUUUCCAUGGGUUAUUCUGAUCUCUUAGAUGGGAAAUACAGAAAAGACUGUGCUAUGAAGUGGACUUAAUCAUGCUAAUCAGAGAAUACUUGCCAAAUAAUAUUUUUGUUUUCUUUACUAUGUAAUGUGAUGUUGAAAUUAUAUGCGUCUCACAUGUUGUGUUUGUGUCUGUAUGAGGUUCCUUAUAGAGACCAGGCAGAGAAAUAUAAAUUCAACAAUUUCCUCUCACACAUUGUAAAAGUAUGACGAAAAUUUAAUUAGCUUUAAAAAGCCUUUAAAGUUUGAAGGAGCUGGUUGUUUUAUUCCUAUGCACAACAAAAAAACUUGACAGUGCCAUCUUUAUAAAACAUGCUUAUUUUGGGUUUGAAUAUAGGGGUAGAUUUUUUCUCUUCAUUGCCAAACUAUGAUUGGUACUACAUGCAAUAUUAUCAAUACAUUUUUGGAGUUCUUCUGUUCUUCAUUUUUUGCUGAAUGUGGAUCUUCUCAGUUGCAUGCAAUAAAGAAUUGAAUGUG